AGUCUGUGUCUAUGAUCAUCAAAAGUGUUUUGCUCCAUGAUUAUCUCUAUAUAUAAAUUGCUUGGUAUCCACAAACUUUCAUAACCACAACUAGUAUCAUCAAUAAUGGUUGCUCCUCCUUGGGCUGUUCUAGCCCUAGCAUGGCUAGCUACAUUAACCCUCCUCUCAAAACUCAUCAAUCUCGGCCACCGUCGCCAAAAAGAACUUCCACCGGGUCCAAAACCAUGGCCGAUCAUCGGCAACCUAAACCUAGUUGGUUCCAACCCCCACCAAUCCUUCCACCUGUUAUCCAAAAAGUACGGCGAAAUCAUGCAACUUAAAUUCGGUUCCUUCCCCGUUGUGGUGGCCUCAUCCCCGGAAAUGGCGAAACAAUUCCUAAAAACUCAUGGUAAAACUUUUGCUUCCCGCCCUGCAACCGCUGCUGGCAAGUACACUAGCUAUAACUUUUGCGACAUGACGUGGGCGCCUUACGGGCCAUACUGGCGCCAGGCACGCAAAAUCUACCUCAACGAGCUAUUUAGCCCUAAGCAACUCGACACCUAUGAAUAUAUCCGAGUUGAGGAAUUGCACGCUCUUAUUUCGCGCCUUUAUGCCCUCUCGGGGAAGGAAGUUGCCAUUAGAGAACAUCUUGCCCGGUUCAUGCUUACUAAUGUGAGCAGGAUGGCACUGGGUGACAAGUACUUUAGCGAAUCCAAAUCUGAUAGCUCAGUGAAGCUCGAUGAACUUCGGGAGAUGGUAGAUGAGUGGUUUUUGCUUAAUGGCGUGUUUAAUAUCGGAGAUUGGAUACCGUGGCUUAGCUUCUUGGACUUGCAGGGUUACGUGAAGCGAAUGAAGGCUUUGUACAGGAAAUUGGACAAGUUUCACAAUUAUGUGAUUGAUGAUCAUAAGGCUAGAAGGGCAGGCGAUAAGGAUUUUGUUGCUAAAGAUGUUGUGGAUGUAGUUUUGAAGCUUGCUGAUGACCCUAAUCUUCAAGUUAAACUCACUAGUGAUUGUGUCAAGGGGUUAAUACAGGACCCAAUAGCUGUGUUAGAAUUUACCACCUCACCUACUCCCCUUACCUAACCUACCACCUCCACUACACUUCACCUACUACACCUAUAUCUCUCCUAUAUAAUGCACCCCUCACCAAUUGUAAUUCACAUCAAUCAAUCAAUAAUAAUAAUUCUCUUUAUAUCUCUUUAUA